AUGCCGCCGCAACCAGUAUACGUUUCUCCCAACCCGGAGACUACCAAGCGUGGUCCCUUCACCGAAUUCUUCCUCGAAAGAAACUGCCCUCAGGAUGCUGAUCCCCAGUACAAGCACCUAUUCGACACUCAUCAGAAUCUCAUGAGGAUGUUGAUCAAUGAUUCUGCUAUGGAUGCAAACCGAGAGCAGACCUUCUCUACACCUGCGAACAGCAAGAACAAGGUCUACUUCAUGUGGGACUUUGUCACCCGUACCUUCCAGAUGCUCGUAGCAACUGUCGACCCGAGAAGCCCUGGUGGUGAGGCUUUCAUGGACAUUCAAAUGAGAUCAAUGCUGGCUCAACAGCUGAUCCUCGACACGACUGGCAGACUGGAAUCCAUGAACCAGUCAGUCGGCUACAACCAUGAUGCUGGCAUCAAUUUUAGUGAAGAGAUCAAGGCAGAGGCUAGGAAGCUGGACGAGUAG